GCAUCUGGCUCACCAACUGCCAUCGAUUUCCAUCCCCUCACAACGCCAUUUCCAUCGCUUGAAUUAUCGGAAAUACUACGGACAUCACUUUUCAUCCAUAUCCCGCAAGAGCGCCACCAUAAAACCACAUCUUGGUUGCAGAGAAUUGAUUCUGCUGCGACACCUGCCCUGUGGCCGCGUUAGGACAUGGCGCCAGACGGCAAGGAAAAACCAGUGAAGACGCCUUCUAAGAAGGACGCGAAACCAAGCAUCAUAAAAUUGAAGAAGCAGCCCCCGAAACACAACAAGCCUGGCAACUGGCGCGACGGUAGCGUUAUUGAAGAUGAUAAAAAGAAAGCAGUCAGCUCGCCUGCCACCUCUGUAGCCUCACCAGGCCCGGUUGUCAACCAACUCGACGACACUGCGCGCGAAACAUUCGCCACCGGCCGACCCCUCGAAGAUAGCCCCGAUCUGCAACAAUGUAGACAUUGCAAGAAGAGCGUGAUCAAGACGGCAGCAAAGGCGCAUAUUGCGCAGUGUCUCAAAGUAAAGAAGGAAAAGGCUCAGCGCAAGAAGGAGGCUCGUGAGGCCCGCGAGCGCGCGAAAGAGGCGGCCAAAGACGAGCCAGCAAAGGACGCAAAGGCCGAAGAGGAUUCCGAAGAAGAAGAGGUCAAGCCCAAGCAAAGCGCUGGGAAAAAGAUUGGCGAGUCCAAGGCGGGUAAGAAGAGAAAGGCGGAUGCAGAUGGCGCAGGCCCCAAAAGCAAGAAGAAGAAGGAAGAACCGCCAAAGCAGCCAAAGGUGCCCAAACCGAGAGGACCCGUGGAUGUCGAGCGCCAAUGUGGUGUUAUUCUACCCAACGGCAUGCCUUGUGCUCGCUCGUUGACAUGUAAAAGUCAUGCUAUGGGCGCCAAGCGCGCUGUGCCAGGUCGUUCGCUACCAUAUGAUAUGCUGCUAGCGGCGUAUCAGAAAAAGAACCAGGCUAAGCAGCAAAAGGCCGCAAUGGACGCCAACGCCCCCGUUGAGGAGGAAGACGACGCCAACAAUGGUCCUGUCGACUCUGAUGAAGAGACUGGUGCUGUCAUGGCCGCUCUUUCACAAUGGCGGCCUAAGCCACUGAUCCCGCAACCCACGUUUGUUCCCAUUAAGCGCCAGUACCAAAUGGCUAGGCUGCACGAGCAGUUGCAAAUGGCUACCAACGGCGGCCGCACAAACAUCUUCCAAGUAACAGGAUACGGUGCCCAGAAGCUACCUGAUGGCCAUCCAGGGCUGCUUGAGGGCGAGGACGCACCGGGCGAGGAGAUGGACUUGGCUGCCAUUGGCAUUACCAACGGCAGGCCGGGGUACGGGUUCAGUCUGGGCCAGCCCCCAAAGACGGCGGCGAGCAGGGCGUAAUGAGUCUUUUAUGAUUUGGAAAUUCAACUGGCGUUUAGGAGAGGACGAAGGGAAGCACGUUGUAUGUUUGUUUUUGGGUUUGCUUUUGAGCGGAUAUGUACAUGAUGGACUUUGGGCCUGGGAUUUGGCUUGCUCAGCGUAUAAUAGGGAACUACAAAGCAUUCACGAUAUAUUUUCACAGUAGGAGCAUGAGUGCGUGAUGCUGAUGUAUGGUGUGAUUUAAUUAUAAAUGGAUCUAGCGACUAUGUAAAAUUUCACGUGUUAAUUUAUCCUUUAGAAUGGGGCUUUGAAUUACAUGCGCCUGUUUGA